GUUGUUGGAAAAUAUGUCGCUCUGACAUUUCGGAGAAAAAGCGCUCAAGCAAAUACGAACAACCCGGACAACGAAUUGGAGCCUGGCCAACUGAUAUUAAACUUGUUACUUGGGAUUAAUCGAUUCUACAAAAUGUCCCGGCGCCAUCCUAAACGUGAGCAGGAAAUGCGUGAUCAGCAGGUGCUGUAUACACGCGGACACGACUCCCUCAAAUGGGAGCCUAGCCGCAGCUCCUCUGUAGAUUGUGGCAGCAAUCGUUCCAGAAGAUCCACAGAAGAAGGCUCACCUGAGCGAAAACGGCGUGACGAGAGGCGUUACCACAGAGAGAGCAAGCCCAGAGAUCGUUCCAAGGAGCGCGACCAUCACUACUCCAGACGCACCAAGCACAGUCGUCGUUCGGAUUCGCCAGUUACUGGAGACGACAGUCAGCGACGGCCACCCACAAACGAAUCUGAGCAGGAUGACCCGGAGAGCCAGUCAAAGGUUGCAGCCUCCGAUUCCUCGUCUGCGGUGGGGGACUGUCACAACGCAGACACGGACGAGCCGUUCGACAAGGAGCGCAUUCACCGAGAGACGCAGCAGAAGCUAGAGAAGCUGCGCGCGACCAUGUCCAAAGAGGUCAAAGUGCAUCCCCCAGCCAAGCCGGAGUCGAGCGGCUCCUACUUCGCCAACGACGGAUCUUUCAUGGAUAUUUUCAAGAAAAUGCAAAACGAACAAAUUAAAAUCACCGCUCCACACAUUGGCGCCUCAGCUCCGCCGCCCCAUUUCGUGGGUCGUCGUCGUGGUGGCAAGAUCCUGAAGACUGGGCGGUUGCCCAAGCUAAAAGAUUCCACUGAAAAGAAUGUGGAUCCCAAGGACUUCUGGUCAGUGUACCAGGCCGAGGUGAACAAGUACCAGACCACUGGCUGUGACAAAGAGGAAGGCAAUCGCAAGUUGGUCAAGUAA